AUGAAGCAGCCGUUGUUCGAUCUAAGGCUGGGUGAAAGUGGUGAACUGCCAAGGUUACUUGUUGUUGCGACCAAGGUCCCCAUCGACCCCUUUGAGAAGGACAUGACCAAGCAUCUGGACACCUUCAAAGAGCGGCUCGUGCAAAACGUUCAUGUGGUAAUGGGAGCACAGGGCACCUUCGAGCAUACGGCUUGGAAGGCUCAAGACACAGAUGGGGUUCAAAGUUCGGUUCGACCCAUGCUGCAUCGCACAUGUCGUUGCCCUGUCCUCGACCUCUCCGGCGAAGAGAAUGGAAACAGGGAGAAACAUCCAUCACUUCAGAGGUUCUGUCUUUUUUCCGCCACCUUACGCACCAAGCACAUUCUCCUCAUGCUUCAUUGGUCACUGCAGCUCUUCAGGAUGCGGAAUGGGAAGCGGAACGUUCUCUAUGCGCGGGGCCUGCCCAACAAUCAGAUGGUCAUCACGCUGAAGGACCGCAUGAACAUGCUCUGCGACCACGCCGACCGAGGCGAAUGGAGGCAAGCGCGAUACAUCAUGAAGGGCAUUUGGAGGCGCCGCCAGCUUCGGCUUCCCCUGGGUAGGAGAAUGUGGAACCAGAUGAUCAAGGCCCACGUGAACGCAAACCGCCCGAAAGCAGCUGAGAGCUGGCUCAAGGACAUGUUGAACCGCGUUUUUCAGCCCGACAUCUACAGCCGCCUGCUGCACUCUGCACCGCCUGUUUGA